GAUAUGUAAUUGUCCUUUUUAAAUUCGUUUAUGUUUUAUUAUUAAACAGUUAAAUCAUAAUGCUGUCUUCUCUAAUCAAAGAACAUCAAGCAAAACAAGCAGCUAAACGUGUUGUACAAGAACAGAAACGUAAGGAGUGCAUUACAGCUGCUAAUGAUUUAACACAAGCAUUGGUAGAUCAUUUAAAUGUCGGUGUUGCUCAAGCCUAUUUAAAUCAGAAAAAGUUAGAUGCGGAAGCAAAACUUUUACACCAAGGUGCAAUAAAUUUUUCCAAACAAACACAGCAAUGGUUGACUCUUGUGGAAAAUUUCAGCAGUGCUCUCAAAGAAAUUGGGGAUGUCGAAAACUGGGCACGAAGUAUAGAAAAUGAUAUGAAAAUUAUUACAGACACUUUAGAAAGAGCAUAUGAAAAAGCACAAGAGAAACCAAGCAGUAGUCAAUAAAGUAAUUGUUCUGGAUACAUUUUUAAUAAAAUAAUAUAUAACAGUAAAAGAUC